GUGGAGACACGUUAGAGUUGAUUGGAACAAUUUGUGCCCAACCUCAUCAUGUAUUCAAAUUGAAAUUAAACAAAAAUAACUUCAUAUUGCUGAAAUCCAAGAGGAAUUUUUGGCAAAAUGGCCGGAAAUAUUUCCGUGUCCGACUACGUGUGGGUACGGCCGGCCCUGAACGAUGAGUUUGCGAUACCACUUGGCGGCCAAGUGGCCGCCAUUGAACCAAAACGUAUCAAAAUCAAGACGGAUAAUGCCGGCGAUCUAUACGUAUCGAAAGAACAAAUUGUCAAAUUGAUGCACUCCAGCUGCGUCAAAGAUGUGAAUGAUAUGAUCACCCUCGGUGAUUUAACCGAAUAUUCAAUUUUACGAAACUUGGAAAUGCGCUACUACAAGAAGAACAUUUAUACAUACACUGGUUCUAUGUUAGUGGCUGUGAAUCCGUAUGAAUUGCCAAUUUAUACAAAUGCUUUGAUUAGAGAAUAUCAAGGUAUUCCCAUGCAUGAUUUACCACCACAUAUUUUUGCUACAGGUGACGCUAGUUUCAAUAACAUGUUAAAGUCACGAAAAGAUCAGUGCAUUGUCAUCAGUGGUGAAAGUGGUGCUGGUAAAACCGAAUCGACAAAGUUGAUCCUCCAAUAUUUGGCUACAGUAAGUGGCAAGCAUUCAUGGAUUGAGGAACAAAUUCUCCAAGCAAAUCCGAUUCUAGAAGCGUUUGGUAAUGCCAAAACUGUACGCAAUGACAACUCCUCUCGUUUUGGGAAAUACAUCGACAUACAUUUUGCUAAAGAUGCCAUUGUUGGUGCCAAAAUUGAUCAGUACCUUUUGGAGAAAUCAAGAAUUGUUUCUCUAAAUGAAGGAGAGCGUAAUUAUCACAUUUUCUAUUCAAUGAUUGCGGGCCUUUCUAAAGAUGAAAAGAAACGCUUGGACUUAGAUGAUGCAUCACACUUUCGCUAUCUGAAUCAAGGCAAAAGUUUGAAAUGUGAAGGCCGUGAUGAACAACAAGAAUUUAACGAGAUUCGUAACGCGUUCAAGGUGUUGAGUUUCAGCGACGAAGAAACAUGGAUGGUGUUUGAGACAAUGGCGGCUGUACUACACCUCGGAAAUAUUAAAUUUAAAGGUCAGGUUGUCAAAAAUAUGGAGACUUCUGAGGUAGAUAAUGUGAAAACUUUGGAGAAAGUCGCUGAAUUAUUAAUGGUGCAGAAAACUGAAUUAGGCAAAGCUAUCACUCGUAAGAGUAUCAUGGUUUCCGGCGAUAAGGUGACACAGGACUUAUCAAAAGAACAAGCUGCUGAUUCCCGAGAUGCAUUUGUCAAGGGAAUUUAUGGCAAACUGUUUAUCUAUCUCGUUGAAAAGAUUAAUGUGACCAUUUGUCAAAGUGGUAAUUUACGCAAAAACUCAAUUGGAGUUUUAGAUAUUUUUGGUUUUGAAAACUUUCAAAUCAAUAGCUUUGAACAACUAUGUAUUAACUACGCAAAUGAAAACUUGCAACAGUUUUUUGUCAAACAUAUCUUCAAAAUGGAACAGGAAUAUUACACCCAAGAGGGUAUUAAUUGGGAGAAUAUAAAGUUUAUUGAUAAUCAAGAGAUUUUGGAUAUGAUUGGUAUGAAGACCAUGAACAUACUGAGUUUGGUUGAUGAAGAAACCAGAUUUCCCAAAGGUACUGAUACUUCUAUGUUGACCAAAUUACACGCUCAACAUGGCAAAAACAAAAACUACAUCAAACCAAAGUUUGACGUUGAACUUUUUGGCAUUCAACACUUUGCGGGAAGUGUUAAUUAUCAGAGCGUUGGUUUUCUAGAGAAGAACAGAGACAGCUUUAGUUUAGAUUUGAAGCAAGUUAUCGCAAGUAGUGCAAAGCCUUUGAUAAUAGAAAUAUUCAAGAAAGAUGAUCACGAUGAAGUUAAGCAGAAAGCCAAAUCAUACACUUUAGCGUCACAGUUUAGAUCCUCGUUGGAUGUGCUGAUGAAGAAUUUGAACGAAUGUCAACCCUUCUUUGUGCGUUGCAUAAAACCAAAUGAAGAAAAGAGGCCUAAUAUGUUUGAUCGUGACCUUUGCGUUCGUCAAUUGAGAUAUUCUGGUAUGAUGGAAACAGCAAAAAUCCGCCAAGCUGGUUAUCCAAUUCGACAUCAAUUCCAGCACUUCGUAAAUCGUUUCAGAUUUUUGGUUAUUAACCUUGAUCACAGGCAAGAUCCCUUGAUAGUUGCAAAGAAAAUUUGUCAAGCCAAUUUCUUCAAAGGGAAGAUUAUCAAAUUGGUCACACGAAAGUAUUUCUUAAAGAUGCUGAAAAUCAAUAUCUAGAAUCAGAACGACAAAGAAUCCUUUCACGUUACAUUAUUGUACUGCAGAGAAACAUCAAAGGUUGGAUUUACCGUCGAAGGUAUCAAAAACUUCGAGCGGCUGCUGUCACUUUUCAAAAAUACUUCCGUGCUCGAGGAUUACGUGCAAGAUUCUUGCGCAUUCAACGCGGUUAUCACCGCCUUCAGGCGAGCAUUCUGUCUCGGCAAAUGACUUUCAAUUUCAAGAUUAUCCGAGACCGACUGCGGAAAUUGCAAGCGGUUGCACGAGGCUAUUAUGUGCGUCGACACGCUAAAUUCGGCAAAAUUGUUGAAGCAGUUUACAUUAGAAAACACGAAGAGAAAACCUUAAGAGCACAAGGUAACAGAGAUUACAAAUACAUUGCGGAUACCAACUUCCAACAACGCAUGCAGAAUUUGGACAGAGAAUACCAAGUUAAAGCCCGGCCUGCACCACCACCCGAACCGGAAGUUGGAGAAGACAGUGAAGGAAUUCGCAUGGUCAUAGACAACUUUGACAAAUUCUUAAACGAAUACGACGGACAAAGCCCACAGCUGCAGCCGCAACACGCAAAGGAAGACCUCUCGGACUUCGCCUUCCAAAAAUAUGCUUCCAUGCAUUUCGCUCCAUCAACUACGGAUCACUUCAGUAAGAAGAGGUUGAGGGUCCGCUUCAUAUUGGUCAUAAACUGCCGACACCUGACGAUAUUAUCGCUGCGCAAACUAUAUGGAUAACAAUUCAGAGAUUUAUGGGCGAUAUUGCUGAACCCCCUUGGCGGCAC